ACCAACAAUGGUGGAUUAUAUGACCCAAAAAAGGGUUUUAGAGAGAGAUUGUAUUGAGCAUUUCGAAGCGAAAGAAACAAAGGAAAACAGCGAGAAACAGAGACGGGGAAAUUAAUUAAUUAUUAAGCAUCUUGUUCUUUUCUUUUCUUUUUUCUCUUUUGCAAUGUAUAAAGGAAUCACGAAAGAAGCAGAGAGAGAUGAGAUGGGGCGAUUCUCUAAGGACGACGGAAGCCAGUACAGUCUUACCGGAAUCCUUCCUCCACUCGGAGCAACCGCUCGCCUUAAUCGCAGGGCAAAGCUCUGCCGUUUCAUCAUCUCUCCCUUUAAUCCCCGUUACAGAAUUUGGCAGUCCUUUUUGGUACUUCUAGUUUACUACACGGCGUGGGUGUCACCCUUUGAAUUUGGGUUCCUAGACAGGCCAAGAGGUACCUUGGCUGUGAUUGACAACGUUGUGAAUGCAUUAUUCGCUAUCGACAUCUUUGUGACGUUUUUCGUUGCAUACCUAGACAAGACCACUUAUCUCCUAAUUGACAAUCCACAGCUAAUUGCUAAAAGGUAUGCCAAAACAUGGUUGGUCCUUGACGUUGUCUCCACAAUCCCCUCAGAAGUUGCUAGGGCUAUUUUGCCUCCUCAUUUCAAGACUUAUGGAUACUUCAACAUGCUCCGUCUCUGGCGCCUCCGAAGAGUCAGUGCCAUGUUUGCCAGAUUGGAAAAGGACAGGAGGUAUAGCUACAAUUGGGUUCGGUACUCGAAGCUUGUUUCUGUCACUCUCUUCACUGUCCAUUUCGCCGGCUGCAUCUUCUAUUUUCUUGCAGCUCAUUAUCGCGAUCCUGUGAGGACAUGGAUUGGAUCAUCCAUGGAGAACUUCCGCGAAGAGAGUUUGUGGGUUCGGUAUGUGACCUCAAUGUACUGGUCCAUAGUCACACUCACAAGCAUUGGCUACGGUGAUCUCCAUCCCGUAAAUUCGGAGGAGAUGGUAUUCGACAUCUUCUACAUGCUCUUCAUUCUUGGCCUGCAAGCCUAUUUGAUUGGGAACAUGACCAACUUGGUUGUCCAUGGAACUGCUCGUACAAGGCAAUUUAGAGACACCAUCCAAGCAGCCACAGGUUUUGCUCAAAGGAACCUACUACCAGAACGCUUACAAGAGCAGAUGCUUGCUCAUCUAUGCUUGAAAUUCAGAACCGAUUCGGAAGGGCUGCAACAGCAAGAGACUCUUGAUGCCCUCCCUAAAGCCAUUAGAUCUAGUAUCUCUCACUUUCUCUUCUACUCACUUGUCGACAAUGUCUACUUGUUCCGGGGAGUUUCGAACGACUUACUCUUCCAACUGGUCUCGGAGAUGAAAGCGGAGUAUAUUCCCCCCAAAGAAGAUGUAAUUCUGCAGAAUGAGGCACCAACUGAGAUGUAUAUAUUGGUUACUGGCGCAGUGGAUCUUAUCAGAAAAGGAAAUGGAACAGAACAGGUAGUAGGUGAGGCAAAGACUGGGGACGUCGUUGGUGAGAUAGGCGUGCUCUGCUACAGGCCGCAGCCAUUCACGGUUCGGACCAAACGGCUGAGCCAACUGCUGAGACUCAACCGCACAGCGUUUCUUAAUAUUGUUCAAGCCAAUGUUGGAGAUGGGACAAUCAUAAUCAACAAUCUUCUUCAGCAUUUGAAAGAAAUGAAGGAUCCGCUGAUGGAGGCAAUUCUGACGGAAACAGAGAACAUGUUGGCUCGGGGCAGAAUGGAUUUGCCUCUUAGUUUAUGCUUUGCUGCGACGAGAGGCGACGAGUCACUGCUGCAUCGGUUGCUUAGCCGUGGUUCUGAUCCAAACGAAGCGGAUGUCAACGGACGGACGGCGAUGCAUAUUGCAGUGGCUAAUGGAAACGAGCAUUGUGUAGCUCUACUUCUACAGUACGGAGGGAAUCCGAAUGUCAAAGAUUUAGCAGGGAACGUUCCCUUAGGAGAAGCAAUACUGGGAAAGAAUGAAUCUAUUAUCAAACUUCUCUUAGAGAAUGGUGCAGAGAUAACUUGUUCGGACAUAGGCCAUUUAGCUUGCACUUUAGUUGAGCAAAACAACUUAGAAUUGCUCAGGGACAUCGUUCGCUAUGGCUACGACGUGACGCAGCCCAGGAACGACGGCAGCACGGCGCUUCAUACCGCGGUGUGCGAAGGAAACGAAGAAAUGGCGAGGUUCUUGUUGAAGCAAGGAGCUGACGUUGAUAGACCAGACAUCCACGGAUGGACCCCUAGGGACUUGGCAGAUCAUCAGGGCCAUGAAGAGAUAAAAGAACUCUUCCUGAAUCUGCCAGAUACUAAAACAUCACCAUUUCUUCCUGUCCCCAAUGUUAAAAGGAUGGACUCGAAGCUCGCAAAGUUCAAGAGUGACCCUGCCAUGCCGUUGUAUUACCAGGAUGGCUCUGUUGGUAAGAGUACCAGAAGAAGGGCUUGCAACUUUAGCAAUUCGCUUUUCGGGAUGAUGUCUGCUGCAAAUAUUGAAGAGAGAGAACUUAUUGGAGGGAGAAGCAAUUUCUCCGGCGGUCAGACACCGAAUCACUACCCUCCAAGAGUGGUAAUUAGCUUUCCAGAGAAAAGUGAAGUUGGUGCAAAGCUUGUUCCUUUGCCGGAAUCACUUUCCGAACUACUUGAAAUCGGUGUAAAAAAAUUCGGAUUAUGUGCCUCCAAAGUCUCGACUAAAGAAGGAGCCGAAAUCGAAGAUAUUGAGCUUGUUAGAGAUGGCGACCAUCUUAUUCUUGUUGGGGAUAAUAUUGGUGGCAAUAUUGUUUAG